GUUAUCGCAAAGAAAAUACGAACAGCUUGACCAAAUAUUUUGACUCACUAAACUAAUUGGAAUUAGGCAACGCAAAUAUGGUCAAUUUUGAAUAUUUAACCAUUAUAACAUUCAAAAUUUGUUUGGACCAUGUAAACAUUGUACUAUUCCUAGUAGAAAAAGAAUCAUUUUCUUCAUUUAUUAGUAAAAAAUAGUUCGUUUUCCUGCUUAAACAACAACUUUCUCUUUUUUAAUUGAAUUAUUAUAACAAUAAUGACAAUAUUUUGAGUAUAGUCUCAUAAGUGGAAUCUUAUAAAAAUAGGAGAAACUAGAUCUUAGGCUCAACUAAAGUGAAACUUUUAGGUACUAUUAUUUCUCUAAUUGCUUCUUUAUUGUAUUUUGAAUUUAAGACAGAGGGAUUAAGGGUGAAAAAGUCAAUUUAACAUUAGCCUGUUGGCUUGAAGCCAGACCAAGUAGUUCUGUUUUCCAGCAGUCAUAUGAAAGUUUAUUUGUAUCAUGACCCAUUCUUCAAGAAAAUCCCAUGAAUGUCUUUGGCCUUCUUCUGAAAAGAGAUAUAAAUCUGCUUUGUUCAUCACAUAUCUUUGUCCUCUGCACAAGCUCUUAGCAGCUAUGGCCAUAAAAAUCAAUUCUUUUUUCCUCCUUUCUUUGUUGUACUUAUGUUUUUCUCUAAAACCCCAUCUCUAUAUUGAAGCAGCUGACACUAUUUCUGCAAAUCAAUCCCUUUCUGGUGACCAAGCAAUUAUCUCUUCAGGUGGGAAGUUUAAGCUUGGUUUCUUCAAACCAGGUAAUUCUUCCAACUACUACAUAGGCAUGUGGUAUGAUAAAGUGGUUGAACAAACUGCUGUUUGGGUUGCAAACAGGGAAAAACCAGUUCGUGAUAAAAAUUCUGCUGAGUUAAAAAUCUUGGAUGGUAAUUUAGUACUGGUUGAUGAGUCCAAAACUCCAAUUUGGUCCACAAAUAUCAGCUCCAGUAAGUCAAAUUCUGUGGUGGCAGUUCUUCGAGAUGAUGGUAAUUUGAUCUUGACUGAUGUGGCUAAUUCAACCCCGCCACUUUGGCAAAGUCUUAAUAAUCCUGGCAAUACUUGGUUGCCUGGUGCUAAACUUUCUUACAAUAAUGUUACAAAAACAAAGCAGCUUCUUACAUCAUGGAAAAGUCCAAAUGAUCCUGCACCCGGGCUGUAUUCACUUGAGUUGGACCCCAAUGAGAAGCAGUAUAUUAUAAGGUUCAAUAGAACUGAGAAAUAUUAUGAUACUGGACCAUGGAAUGGUCGAAUUUUCAGCGGGGUGCCUGAGAUGAGUACAAACUAUAUAUACAAUUUUAGCUAUGAGGAGAACCAGAAUGAAAGCUAUUUUAUAUACUCCCUUUAUAAUGAUAAAAUCAUAUCAAGAUUCAUUAUGGAUGUCUCAGGACAGAUUAAGCAACUCACAUGGUUGGAUUCUUCAAAUCAGUGGAACCUGUUUUGGUCUCAACCUAGACAACAGUGUGAAGUUUAUGCUUUUUGUGGACCAUUUGCUAUUUGUCAGGAAAGCUUGCCUUUCUGCAAUUGUUUGGAUGGUUUCCAGCAUAGUUCAGAGACUGAUUGGAAUCAAAAUGAUUAUACUGGAGGAUGUGAGAGGAUAACAAAGUCGCAAUGUGGCAACGUGAAUGGGGAGAAAGAUGAAUUUUGGAUGCAUCCGCAGAUGAAAGUACCUGAUAAUCCUUUAAAUGUUUCUGCUGGAAGUGCUGCAGAAUGUGAAUCUACCUGUCUGAAUAAUUGCAAUUGUACUGCUUAUGCUUAUGACAGUUCAUGCUCAAUUUGGGAUGGCGAUCUCUUGAAUAUGCAGCAAUUCUCACAAAAUGAUGGCAGGGGCAGGUCGAUCUAUGUCAGGUUAGCUGCAUCUGACAUCCCAAAAUCCAAGAGUAAAAAGGGAAUUCCAAUUGGUGUUUCUGUGGGGUCUUCUGUUGCUGUAGUUAUCAUUCUUGGCCUUCUUUUUGUUGUAUACCGGAGAAGGCGUAGGCAUAAUAUUGGAAGUGGGAAAACAGUGGAGGGUUCAUUGGUUGCAUUUGGUUACAAAGACUUGCAACAUGCAACUAAAAAUUUCUCAGAGAAGUUAGGAGGUGGAGGUUUUGGUUCUGUUUUCAAAGGGAAACUAUCUGAUUCAUCUGUUAUUGCUGUUAAGAGGCUCGAUAGCAUCAGCCAGGGAGAGAAGCAAUUUCGAUCAGAAGUCAGCACAAUCGGGACAAUCCAACAUGUUAAUCUUGUACGCCUUCGUGGAUUUUGCUCUGAAGGUAACAAGAAACUGCUGGUUUACGAUUACAUGGAAAAUGGAUCCUUGGAUUCACAUCUUUUUACCGAGAAGCAGUCAGAUGUUAUGGAUUGGAAAACGAGGUACCAGGUGGCACUGGGGACAGCUAGAGGCUUGACUUAUCUCCAUGAGAAGUGCAGGGACUGCAUCAUACAUUGUGACAUAAAGCCUGAAAACAUCCUUCUUGAUGCACAAUUAUGCCCCAAGGUAGCAGAUUUUGGCCUAGCAAAACUUGUUGGGCGUGACUUUAGCAGAGUGCUCACUACUAUGAGAGGAACAAGAGGUUAUCUUGCACCAGAAUGGAUAUCAGGGGUGGCCAUUACAGCCAAAGCCGAUGUUUAUAGCUACGGCAUGAUGCUUUUGGAAAUUGUAUCAGGGAGGCGAAAUUCGGAGUAUUCUCAAGAUGGGAAAGUGAAAUUCUUCCCUAGCUGGGCUGCACGUGUAGUAGUUGAUGAAGGCGAUAUCCUUAGCCUAUUGGACUAUAGACUGAACAGAGAUGCUAAUGUUGAGGAGGUGUCAAAAAUAUGUAAAGUUGCAUUUUGGUGCAUCCAAGAUGAGGAACUACAAAGACCCUCAAUGGGUCAGGUUGUUCAGAUCCUUGAUGGAAUUUUGGAGGUGAAUAUGCCUCCUAUGCCACGCUCUCUUCAGGUUUAUGCAGACAAUGAGGAGCACAUAGUUUUCUUCACUGAGUCAUCCUCGAGCCAGACUAGUUCACAAGCUCAGAGCAAGACUUCAAGUACAGCAUCUCAAUCCAAAAGCACCACAGAGUCGACGAGUUCCAGGUCGUGAAGAUGACUUUCAACUACUACAUGCAAUUUAUAUCAGUAGUAACUAAAUUUGAAUUAUAUAUAUUUAGCUCUGUAGAAUCAUUUAAUGAUUACCCCUAGCAUUAUCCGUUGAGUUUUCUGGUUCACUAGUUCUAUUUUACUUCAUACUUUUGGUAUUUUGUGGUGAUUAUAUUGUCAAUAAAUGUCAUCUAUUAACACUGAAAUGGAUAGAAGUCAAGUGUCAGUGUAAAGCUUCUCUUA